AUGGAGCUUCAGGAUCAAAUUUAUUACUCUCGUUAUAAAGACGAUUUUGAGGAGAUAGGGAAACUAGGUAAGGGUGGAUUUGGACGAGUCAUGAAGUGUAAGCAUAAAUUGGAUGACGUGGAAUAUGCAAUCAAGAUAAUCAAAUUUGCGGAGAACCGAAGAGAUGAAGUAGUAAGGGAGGUACUUAAGCACGCUGGUUUGCACCACGAGAAUAUUGUGCGCUACCAUCAGGCCCGGAUAGAGGAAUGUGAACCAAAAAGUGAUGAUGAUAACAAGGCAGACUCAGUUUCUUCCAAUGAGGACUCAGUUUCUUUUGGUUCAGACAUCCAUGGUGAUUCAUUGUAUAUACAAAUGGAGUGUUGUGACGGAACUCUUUUCGAACAUCUUUUCAAAGAACUUGGAGACAAAGAUCGCUUGUGGAUUGCAAAGAAGAUUGUGGAAGGACUAUGCUACAUCCACGAGAAGAAGACUAUUCACAGAGACUUGAAUACCCAUAACAUCUAUAUUUUGAAGGAUGCUAGAGAGCGGGUAACCAAAAUCAAAAUAGGAGAUUUUGGACUUGCGGUAUCUUGGAAGAGCGAUACCGAUACAAAAGUUCAAGUUAAAAGUUCAGAAGGAAUUGACUAUUACAAUGCUCCUGAAGUCGUUGGCACAGGAUUGAUUGAUGCGAAGGCAGACAUUUUCAGCUUGGGAGUUAUUUUAUUUGAGGUGCUGCACCCCUCUUCAACGAAUAGAGAAAGAAUAGAGAAUCUGAUAGAUUUGAAGGGUAUGAAAUUUCCAGAUGAUUGGAAAAGCGAUCAGUACGAUCAUUACAAAUCUUUUAUCUCAAAGCUGUUGUCUAAAAACCCUAAUGAUCGCCCUUCUGCUCAAGAAGUUCUGCUGCAAAUUCAGCAAAUUCAGGAUCUCUCUCCCUCUAGCGAGUUGGAUGAGCCCGUGGAAGGCCAAGAGAAACAGAUUCAGGAAGGUGUGGAGGAGACUAGAAAGUCUGACUUAAAGAACGUUUGA